AUGAACCUGGAGAUGCUGAGGGAGAGCCUGCCUGUGGAUGGGCUACGUGCUUCUGCAGCCCUUGCCUGUGGCUCAGUGGCAGCUGUGGUGGUGUGGAAAUGGGUGCUGCACAGAAGUGUCCAGAGGAAGAUGAACGAGGCCAGGCAGUGGCGAGACAGAAGCCUGAAGCAAAUGGAAAGAGCGGUUUUGAAAUUCAAGCAGAAGAACCCUGGAUUACAAACAGAGAGUAUUCUGUCCCUGUCACUAGUGAAACUGGCAGAGAAACUGCAGGAGGAGACUCUUUCUCCAGAGAGUGUCCUGUAUGCUUACAUUAGCCAGGCUCUGGAAGUGACCCAGGAGGUGAAUUGUGUGACGGACUUCAUUCAUGGAUGUGAGGAGCAGCUUCAGGACAUCAAGAAACAAAAGGAGAAAGGCUUGCUGUAUGGGAUCCCUGUCAGCAUUAAGGACCACAUUGGAUGCAAGGGUCACAUCUCCACAUGUGGUUUGGUGCAUUAUCUGGGCAAAGUGGAAGAGGAUGACAGUGUGAUAGUGAAGGUUUUGAAGAAGCAGGGGGCAAUCCCGUUUGUGAAGACCAACAUCCCCCAGAGCAUGAUAAACUAUGACUGCAGCAACCCAAUCUUUGGUCAAACGCUGAACCCCCUGAACCACAAGAAGAGCCCUGGUGGCUCCUCUGGAGGUGAAGGGGCACUUAUUGCUGGAGGAGGGUCCAUCCUAGGCUUUGGGACUGAUGUUGCUGGGAGCAUCCGCCUGCCAUCCAGCUUCUGUGGGCUUUGUGGUCUCAAGCCAACAGGAAAUCGGCUGAGCACCCUUGGCCUUGCUAGCCCUAUUGGUGGUAUGAAGUCGGUUACUGCAACGAUUGGCCCAAUGGCAAGAGAUGUGGACAGCUUGGUUCUGUGUAUGAAGGCGCUUCUGUGUGAUGAGCUGUUCCACCUGGACCCAUCUGUGCCUCCCAUACUAUUCAAUGAAGAGCUUUAUAACAAUUCAAACCCCCUUCGGAUUGGAUAUUAUGAAGAUGAUGGGUAUUUCCAGCCAUCUCCCAGCAUGAGAAGAGCUGUUCGGGAAACAAAACAUCUCCUCCAUGCAGCAGGACACAUGCUUAUUCCCUUUGUUCCUCCACGACUUGUCUAUGCAGUAGAUGAACUCUUCACCAGAGGCCUCUUUUCAGAUGGUGCUGCAAAUUUAUUGGAUAAGUUCAAAGGAGACAGUAUUGAUCCAAAUGUGAAAUCCCAGAUCAGGUGUUACAGUAUUCCAAUUCUGCUGAAGAAGAUUUUGGCAUUCAUCCUAAAGCCUGUGUACCCCCGGAUUGCCAGAGAUCUCAAUGCAUUAUGUGGAGUUGGGUCAGUAAAAAACCUGUGGAAUCACCAUGUGGCAGUGGCGACUUACCGAGCAGAAUUUAUUGCUGAAUGGAGGAAACUAAAACUCGAUGUCAUCCUCUGCCCUGCUUUGGGCCCAGCUUUUAAUGAGGGCUACCCUGGGAAAUUAUUUGCUGCUACGUCAUACACCAAUUUAUACAAUGUUCUGAACUUUCCUGCUGGGGUUGUGCCAGUUACUACUGUUACACCAGCUGAUGAUGAAGAACUCAAGUACUACAGAGGGCACUAUGGAGAUCCUUGGGAUAAGAGAUUCAAAAAGGCUGUUGAAGGUGCUGUUGGGCUCCCAGUGUCUGUCCAGUGUGUGGCUUUGUCUUGGCAAGAAGAGUUGUGCCUUCGGCUCAUGAAGGAGGUGGAGACUGUUGUCCAUGAGAAGAGAACAAAAAUAUGA